UGAUCACCAAUGCUCGCCUCGUCCGGCUUCGUGCCUCUCCUGCUCCCCCUUCUUCCAUGAAGAUGCAUGCUUCUGAAUCCUCAUCUCAACCACCAUGCCCCGCGCCUCCUCGUUCGAAGGCGACAAAGGGUCCAACAUCCCACCCUCGGUAGUAGAGACCGUCUCAGGAUUCAGUGCUGGAGUGAUUUCAUGCCUGACAGCCCAUCCGCUCGACCUACUCAAGAACCGCCUUCAGCUCAAUACCAGAACGGCCUCGCGACCCGGCGAUUCCAUUCGAAUACUUCGAGGCGUGAUACGCGAUGAGGGAGGGGUCAGAGCAUUAUAUCGAGGCCUAUGGCCAAACCUGCUCGGAAACUCUCUAGGCUGGGGCUUCUACUUCCUCUUCUAUCGGAACUUGAAAGACCUGUUGCAAUCGCGGCGAGGACGUGGCGAGCGCCUCUCGUCGGUCGAGUUCUUCUCGGCUUCCAUUGCGGCUGGAUUGCUCACCGCAGCCUGCACGAAUCCCGUCUGGGUCGUUAAAACACGGAUGCUGGAGCGCGGCGCAAACCAUCCGGAGGCGUACAAAGGCAUGUGGGCGGGCUUGAAGCAUGUGUACAGCACCAGGGGAAUUAGAGGGCUUUGGGCGGGAUUCAUCCCAUCUACGCUCGGAGUCACGCAUGGAGCGGUGCAGUUUGCCAUAUACGAAAAGAUGAAACACGCCCGAGGCGAUCAGAUCGGGGGACAACAGAACCUGUCUACGUGGGAGUAUAUAUACAUGAGUGGAGGGUCCAAGUUGCUGGCGGGCGCUAUCACGUACCCCUAUCAACCCAUACGAGCGAGGAUGCAGCAGUAUGAUGCUGCUAAGCAGUACACGGGGCUCUUGGAUGUGCUGCGGAAGACGUACCGGAAUGAGGGCAUCUUAGCCUUCUACAAGGGUGUCAUACCAAACACACUGAGGGUGCUCCCCACCACCAUCGUCACCUUCAUCGUCUACGAGAAUACCAAAAUCUAUCUUCCGAGGCUCUUCGAAGAAGAGAGUAUGGCUCACGAGGAAGACUGAUGACGCUUCGAGAAGCUCGUGGAAGAUUUACAGUUUCUGACAGUGGAAUAGCCAUGCACCGUGGCCUUGUAUAGCGAUUGACGAAAAGGCGUGUCGCGCCGGCGCCAGCGAAUGUGCAGUGAAAGUUCAGUGACUCGGCGGAGGAUGGAAAGGAUACUGGACCUUCGCUGGCUACACUAGUUCCGGAUGCUAGGCAGGUCCACCUUUA